GGACAAGCCACAUGAGCACCUACAGUUUCAAGUAAGUUUGAAAGCUAAGCAACAGCGCCAUGUCUCCCUACACCGUGCUCGUCCUCUGCCUGCAGCUCUGCCUGAUCCAGUCCGUGCUGAGCCAGGUCUGCUGCGGCUCCAGAGGCUACAGCUCCGGCUCUUACGGCGGCGGCUGCGGCUGCGGCUCGUACGGCGGGCAGGGCUGCGGGCAGGUGGGCGUAACCGGCCCCAUCCAAGCGUGCGGCAACACCUGCGUUCAGGGAUGCGUGCCCGUGCUCGGAUCCGUCUGCUUCGACGGCUGCGCUCCCGCCUGCGGCUGCGUCUCCAUCUGCGGACAGUGCUGCGGAUGCGGAUGCUAAUUCAAGAUUAUUUUCUAACCGCACCAAGCUGAAAUUCAGUUAUAACGAUUCUUAAUCAACUUACCUUUUGAAUUAUUUUCAGUCUUGAAGUUUUGGAAAUCAGUCAGUUACCUGUUUUUGAGAGCAAGGCGACCGAUGUCGAUCGCAAAAACGAUAGAUUCAUCAUUUUCUUCUUUAAAGAUUGACUUGCUCCUGCUUGCCAUAAAGACGCAGAUUAUAAAAUUUCCUAUUUCCUAUUUUUGCGGCAGUGAGUGAGAUUCUUUGGUAAAUAUGUUGUUGUUGUUGUUGUAACGCAGCGGAUUUUUCUAUAAACAUAGCUAACAUAGCAUUUUGGCUAAUUUUAAUUUUGAUUUCUGAUUUCGUUUCGUUUUCUUUCAACCCCUUAUUUGCCAAGAGUGGCACUGAAGCUUUAGUAGUUUCAUGUGUUCUGCCUACCCCUUUAUGGGAUACAGGCGUGAUUGUAUGUAUGUAUGUUAAUUUCUGAAUGAAACACUUCCUUCUCGUGCAUUGCAUUAUACUGUUGCACUUUAAUGUACAUAUUUAUGUUUAUCUGUUGUAGGGUUGCCAUUCAACAAGUAUUAUUCGAAAUUGUAUGUAUUUUAGCUGUUAUUAAAGAAAAGUCUUUAGAAUUUUGUGAUAACGCGUUCGUUAUCAUGUUUCUAAAAUAUUAAAUUUUCCAAAAAUCAAUACCUUUACUUAAUUAAAACAUACAAAGUUUUUCUGGAAUGACAGCCAAAUCACCUACAAUUUCGAAUAAUACUUGUUGUAUGGCAACUCUACAACAGAUAAACAUAAAUAUGUGCAUUGAAGUGAAACAGAUAAUGCAAUGAAAGAGAAGGAAGCCAAAUUAGCCAAAAUGUUUAACUAUGUUUAUGGAAAAAUCCGCUACGUCACCAACAGAACUUUAAGUGUGUCUAAGAUAAACUUUAAAGGUAAAAAAUUAUGUACUAUCAAAAUAAAAUUUUCUAUUAAAAAUGGCAAGCAAAUAAACUUCAUGCAAUCCUGUAAUGUAACCAUAGCUGUAUCAAUGUCAUUAUUACUGAUUACGUAAUUCACAUCGGUUCGCUACGGAAUAUUUAAAACAAGUCGGGCUUAUUUACACGGUACGAAAACUCGAAUGCGACUUUUGUUACAUUGCGGACUGUUCAGGACAGAAAUCAGAAAUAGUCAAGUACUGCAAUGAAAUGAAACUUGCAAGCAAGUUAUCGCACCUGCUAAAUGGAACCCAAUUUACACAUAACUUUAACCUUAACAUUUUAAUCUGGAUUUCAUUUUAUAUCUGGAAGUAAACACAAUUGGCAUUA